GAACUAAGGUAUCACUGACUGUACAGUUUUAUAUCCGCUUUCUAUGCACAUACUUCACUCAAACAAAGGUAAGGAGGAGUGUUCAUAUGGAGUAAAUGUAGGGACGAAGUUUUCAUUUAUAUUAUUUCUUAUUUGACGCAAUAGGAGGUUACAAACAUAUUCUUUUAAAUUAUAUAUAUAUAUAUAUAUAUAUUAAAACCGGAGUAAACAAAUUUACUCAUUGGCAACUUGACAUCGAUGUUAGUAUUUUGUUAUUCCAACAACAUGUACCUUUCUUCAUCCGAUGGUAUCAGUUGAUAAUAAACAUCCUGAUAGAGAGAUAUUUAUUUCCUCUUUACAAUCGAUAAAUAUAUCAAUAAUAGUGUUAUAAAUUUCCUAUUAUUCUCAAUAAUUGGAUUCACUUCCUUCUGAUUUGCAUUUCUUUGCGAAGAUGCGCUGAGAGAGGGGAGGCUCGUAAGCCUAUAUAUCACUUAUUAUUAUUUUAUUAGUCCGUUAACAACUUUUCGCUACUCACACAUAAUGUCUACACACUUCUUGGUUUUGUUGGAAUUCAUCUUUAGAGCUCAUGAGGGGUUGCUUUUAUAAAUAAAAAUGAUAACCCUAAUGAGUUUGAAGGAAUGUAUCGUUGUAUUUGAUUAUGCAUACCAUUUCCCAUGUUUACAUCAACGAUUUUGAAUACUUUAUUUAAUUUACAUUCAUCCUUUUAAUCGGCUGAAAUAUUCAAAUCUAUAUAGCUUCCUCCUUUUUAAAAGUUUCGCCUUCCCGUGUUCAUAUGUUAUUUUUACAUAUUAAUCAUUGCUAUAUUUUAUUUGACAUAUAAAUUGGGAAAUACUUUGCUUGGCUUGAUCCAGGUUUUAUUACUUCUUCUUUUUCUUUUUUAGCCUUUUGAAAACUCGAGCCACAUCCCCCCUCAAAAUAAUAAUAAUAAUAAUAAAGAAAGGUAAAAAAAACUUCAUCCUUAGGGGAAGUCUUCUCAUCUUCUUUUUUACAUUGUAUCAUUAUUACUAUAUUUACCUUUGUUUUAUUGUUCUGCAUGCUCUGUGAUGAAACUCAGAAUUCCUGUUAUCGGGCUGACCUAUAGCGUCGUAUGCCCCUCCUGCUGUAGUACCGUUCAAUUUACCUGCGAUAACCCCGGGCAGUACGGCGUCCCCUGCGGCGCCUGUGGGGAGCGCAUUAGCCUUGAAAACCCCCAAAGCCUUCUUUCGCCUACCGAUAAAGGAUACUUUGCCAAGGAAGAUUUAAAUUAUAAUCCGAAUACGGUGGUGUGUUAUGCUCCCGAAGUCGAAGAAUCGAACGGGCUUUCCGCCGCCGAGCAGGUGUGUAUUUUAAUAAAGGACAUUGAGUAUGAACUACGCAAAGAGAUGCCGGAGCAAAUGACGGAGGAAACCACUCAAGCGUUAGUUUCCAAACAAGUGGAGAAUUUUUCGAAAAAUUUUUCCUUUAUUUUUCCCAUUAUUUGGGCAAUUGAAUUUGUUUUAUUUGGCCGUAGACCCUAUGUCACGAUCGGGCAUGUUCGUCUUUUUCGGAGGUAUGUUCCUUUUAAAGGGUAUGUCUAUUUUCCUGUCCCCAAGACGACAACCUCAGCGGCGUUGCCCCUUUUAUUUUUCUUUGUUGUCUUAGCUUAUAAUUUUUAUUUCUGCGCGCUAAUUGAUGAGGAAUGGCUUUACAAAAUGCGGAAUUCCGGGUUCUUGGCGGCAGGUUUCUUUCUUGCAUUUUUUGUCCGCGUGAUGUUUGCCGAUCCGGGCUAUAUUCGGCCUGGGUAUAUGGAUAGAGAGAAGGAAGGGGGUCUACCUGGCCCGAUUGAUUUUACGGGGAGAAAAAAUGAGCUCACAUUGAAAGAAAUCGAGUCGAAUAAACGCGAAAGUAAGUGGGAGAUGAUUCACGGGGUUUCGAUGGAGCGAAAGUGGUGUUCGACCUGCGAAAUGUACCGUCCGGUGCGAGCGGCCCACUGCUAUCACUGCGGGCUCUGCUGCUAUGAUCACGACCACCAUUGCGGGGUAAUCGGGAUUUGCGUUGGACGUCGAAACGCGUUGGUGUUUACCCUUUUUCUGAUCGAAACCUGCGUGUUGAACCUUAUCUUAGUUCUAUCCAUGGCGAAUGCGUUCUAUUGGCAUACCGAAAAGCUCUCCCCGACACAAUUAUUCUUCUCGUGUAUUAUCUUUCUGACCCUUCUAAUGAGCUUUGUAAGUGUGAGUUCGGUGAUGCUUUCUAUGUGUUAUGGGUUUGCCUCCGCAAGCACUACGCGGGAGAGAAUCCAAUAUGUGUACGCGAGUAAAAAAAAUCCAUUUGAUCGUGGUUAUUGGCGUAAUUUGAUGUAUCAUCUCUGGGACCGACAGCCCACCCCUAGCCUAUUUGACGAAAACUUUGUCAAGUUGUACGCUACGCUCUUCGGAAAGCGGGGAUUGGAUGAUGCUAAAACAUCACUCUUGUGA